AGUUACACUCUAGGACCAGGAUGUUGGGUAAAAUUAUCCUUAUCGUUGCUGCUUUUGCGGCUGCUUCCUCUGCUGGAAGCAAGUAUGUCGCUAAUAGAGAUUGCAAGGCACUGUACGCCAAUUUAUAUGAUUUCAAAUCAAAGGAGCACAUGGAGAAACAGCCUGGAUUUCAGUUUACUGCUAAAUUUCGGGUUGUUUGUGAAACAGUUGGAACAUAUGGAAAUCAAAAGGCAAAACGUUUCAAGCUCGAUGUGACAUCAGCUUCAGUGGAUGGACCUGGAAGGGCAAACAAAAAGCCAAAUUUGGCGGCCAUGCUUUCAAAGAGCAUCUACUUUGUCCAAACUGAAGACGGAACAAUACCAUCAACGUUCUAUAUGGAAGUGGAGGAUGCUGAAUUGAUUAAUAUAGUCGGUGGUGUUAGGGUUGGUGCGCUUGUGAAUAAAACAAGGUUGUUUUCCCAACGGAGACUUCAGAGGCUGGAGUCGCUGUGCUGAAAAUUGUUUCUACACAUCUCACCCACAUGGAUGCUCAACUAGCUAGUCACUCUAGCUACAGUUUUAGCGACUACCAUGAUAGCUAACUAUUACAGGCGUGUUUGCAGCUAGGUACUUUAGCUAAACUAUGUAGCUACAGCAAUCUUUUUAUACCUCCUUCAUAGGUGCUCAGAGGCUGAUUCCUGCAGAUACUCAUGUGCUAGAAGAAAGAAAGGAAGCUCCAGGAUAUGUCUCUAUCUGUGAAGGUACUUUGCUUAUAGGGCAUAAACGAGGAUUAAUUGCAAUAUCUUAUACAUACAGGACCAAAACAAUGCCUGAUAUGUACAUCUGAUUUUGGGGC